AGGGUGGGAUUGAGUAAAAAACCACACUUGUGUGCUGUGUAGGUGGGUUCUUGAGCUUCGAAUAACAGGCAGUGGUUUUUCCACCGGAGAAUUGUGUACAAGCUUUUUCCUGAGAAACCCCCGUGGGUGAGGGAUUGUUUAGUUGCAAAAACGACGUGGCUGAAACAACACUUUCUUCCUGGGAGUUAAUUGUGCGAUAUGGCUGGCAAGAAGAAGAAGGAGAAAAAAAAGAAGCCGCCCAAGGAGAAGAAGGAGGGCGACACCCUGCCCAGCCUAGAUAAGCAAUUCUACGAGCUCACCAUUCAGGAUCUCAACAACAAAUUGGCUCGGUUGAGAACGCACAACGCCAAGGUAGAGGAGCAGAUUGAAGACCUUGAGGCAAAAAUGAAGCAGUUGCAGGAGGACAAGUCCGACAUCACAGCAUACCUCAACAGGACAUUGCUUGAGAAGGUGGAUGUUAUCCGGGAGCUGGAAGAGAAGCUGAUAGAGUUGAAUAAUGUGAGAGAAGAGGAGGGCAGAGAGGCUCAGAAUAGACUGAAAGAGUGGGAUUCGAAGUAUAAGGCAAUGUAUGAUCAGCUCACCUCGGAGAUUAAGCUGCUGACGGGGAAACUGAACUCACUGGAAGAAUUCAGGAUACAGAGAGAUGAAAUUCUGGCAAAGUUUGAUGCCCAGGAGGCGCAGCUGCGGGAUCAGCAGAGGAGACAUGAGGACAAGUUGUACGAAAUGGAGAGGAACAACGUGAUUGGGAAGGACAGACUGAAGAAGGAGGUGGAAAGUCGACUCCUACAGCUUUCUAAUGAGUUCACUAAAAGCACCCAUUUAAGAGUGGCCGCUCACACUCAGCGACUUGUCCGGGAGAAUAUAGCACUGACAAAUGAACUGGACAAAAUCCUGGUCACACAUGAGCGUCUUCAGGAGGAAAAGCGGAAGAUGCUGGCCACGCUGACGGAGCUGAAGAGCCAGGCGCGGGUGAAUGCCGUGGAGAAGGCGAGACUGGUGAGGAGCACCCAGGAGCAGAUUGAGGUCAUCGAUCGGAUGGCGGGACAGUACGAGAAUCUGCAGCGGAGCCAUGAGGUGUUGAUGGGAAAGGCGAGGACACAUGACAAAGCAGUUGGACGGGAGAAGGCAAUUGAGCGUGAGCUGUCGGAAGCACACAGGAGAAUCGAACACCUGGAGCACACUCUGCAGAUCAUCAAUAGCAAUCGAGAGGACUUAAGAGCUGCCUCGGUGCGCUUUAAAACUGAGUCCCAACACGUCAUGUCCGUGCUGAAAGCCUUGCAAUCCAGCGUGAGAAAGGCGUUGCUGGAUGGACAGCAGCGGAAUAUCUUGCAUGAGAUAAUGAACAUUCUCACGGGACUCAAUGCAAUUUCAAUCACUGAUUCGGCCGAGGCAGUAUCUAUGGUCAAUUCUAUUUACAAUCACGGAGAUUUGGGCUUUCUCUUCAGCACUGAUGACACUCCGUGCCGUCAAAUAGAGCAAACACGAGUUGACGUGGCGGAGGAAGAACCACAACCCCCAGAACCUGUUCCCACCACAGGUGCUUUUGAUGUGAACGUUGACAAAGGUGUAUCGAAGCGCUACUCGAGCGGCGCAAUUAUUGAUGUUGGCUCCGCGGCAUUUUCAGAGCAAUUCUCACGAGACGAUGCGGAUGACAGUGGCGAGACCAAGGAUAGUGAGGAUGACACGCCUGCGGAUAGACCAUCUGACGCUCUGUCGAAAUUGUCAGUUGAGCAGGGGGAGUAG